GAGAUUAACGGAAACUUCUAGCAUGCGUUUAAUAUAGAAAUAAGUAUGCGAAUUAUAUGUAAUUUGUUCUGACAAAAUAAUUAUAGAAUUUUACACCACAAAUUGUUAUUUUGUUCAAAACAAUCUACGAUCAUCCUCACCUGUAAAAAAGAUUUAUCUUUAAAUAAUGUUAAUUAUUUAUCGUUUUAGUUAAAAGAAAUAAUUAUAAAUAAAUAACAAAAUUGUUCUCAAAAUAAUGUUGCUGCACUAUAUUUUGAGGUGCUAUUUCUUUGAUGAGGUAUCAAUAAAUAAAAAGAAACGCGUGAAAAUUUGAUAAAAUGAUGAUAUGAUAUCAUGUGACAAUGACAUGAAAGCGUUAAUAGAAAAUUCUAUUUUUUACUUUUCUGUGAACAUUUUGUCGUGUCACGAUAUGUCAUGAUGAUUUACCAACGAUUUCAAGUGAAAGCGGGAAAAAUAUUGCAUCAUGCAAGCUCAUGAACACAGGAUCAUAUAUAUUGUACGCAUCCGUGAUCAUCGUUCAGUUGUUCUGUGUGCUUCUAUCACAGCGUGCAUUAAUGCUAAUUUCUAACUUGUUUUGUUAUUAAUUUUUCAUCUUCACUUAUUUUUUCACGUUUGAAUAUCUUUCGUGGUGAUCACAAUAUUUUUAUCUUAAUCCCAUCAUCGUUUAGGAAGCAACAAAUUGCAGUUUAUUUAUUCAGAAGUGCCUUCGAUUGAAAAAAUUGAGAAGAGAUGGAUUCCAUAUUUCGCACGAGGUCGUUAGGUACAGCUGCAGAAGGUGUUCGAGAUCAGUAUGCUGACGGGAGAGCAGCUAAAGUAUGGGAAGUGUUUAUAGGCGAUAAAAAUCAAAGAACUCAGAAUUAUCGCGACUUUUUGGUCGGUAUGCUGAGAGAUAAAGGGUGCAAGAAAAUUUUGGAUGUAGCAUGCGGGACUGGUGUGGACUCGGUGAUGCUACUCGAGGAGGGUUUCGAAGUGCUCAGUGUAGACGCUUCGGACAAGAUGUUAAAAUAUGCUUUGAAGGCACGAUGGGAACGCAGGAAGGAGCCAGCGUUUGACAAUUGGGAGAUUGAAGAGGCCAACUGGUUAACUUUACCAAAAGAUAUUCGUCAUUUAAUAGGAGAUGGAUUUGAUGCAGUAAUUUGCUUGGGGAAUAGUUUUGCUCAUAUGCCUGACACUUUUGGAGAUCAAAGAGAACAAAGGCAAGCAUUAUUGAAUUUUGAACACUGCGUGAAACCCGGUGGCUUGUUGCUGAUUGAUCACAGAAAUUACGAUGAUAUAAUUGAUACUGGAAAUGUACCGGCAAAAUGCAUAUAUUACAAUAGUCAACGCACAACAAACAUUAAAUCAUCGGUACUAUUCGUUUCGGGAAAACCAUCGAUCGUCACCUUAGAUUAUAUGAUAACUUUGGAUGAAGGGGAGGAAGAGGAAGAGCAAGUCAGCGAAUUCAGACUGUCCUAUUAUCCACACAGGUUAAAUGUGUUCAAGGACAUGUUGGACGAAGCGUUCCAUUACAGGGCCAAGCACACUAUCUAUGGCGAUUUUAAACCUUUGGAAGAAAUAAAGAAUCCUGGUUUCUAUAUCCACGUGAUGGAGAAACCAGAAUAUGCAAAUUCAAUAAAACUGUAAGCAUUUCAACGAACACAA